AUGCUUGCCUUGCUAAAUUCCCAACGCGUCUUGUUUCACCGGUCUUUGUCUUCUUCUUCCACACGCACCAUGUCUACUCAUUCGCACCUUUCCGAUGACUGCAUCUUUUGCAAGAUCAUAAGGGGUCAAAUUCCUUCGUUCAAGCUUGUAGAGACGGACAAGAGCUUUGCCUUUAUGGAUAUUGAUCCAUUGAGUCCUGGCCACUCGCUUGUCAUUCCCAAAUAUCAUGCCGAGUUUUUCCAUCAAGUGCCUGAUGAGUAUCUUGCCGAUGCACUUCCAGUCGCCAAAAAGAUCGCUGCAGCUUCCAAUUUGAAGCAAUACAAUGUUUUGCAGAACAAUGGAAAGCUUGCAAACCAGGCUGUGCCGCACGUCCAUUUCCACGUUAUCCCUAAACCCAACGAAGAGCAAGGUCUUGGCGUGAGAUGGAAGCCUAUUGGCAUGUCCAAGGAUGAAGUUCAAAAAGUGUACGAUGAAACCAUGAAGAACUUGCAGUAG